ACUCUUCUCAGAAUCUUCCUUCUUCAAAUCUCUUCAACAUUUGGGCCGCCGGAGCCCGUGACCACCGCUUUUUUCUCAUCCGUUACGAAUGUCUUCCUCGAUGAACGUGGCGAAGGUGAAGCCUCUGAGCUUCUCUCGCCGCCUCGUCCCCUCUGCGGUUUCUCGCGGACUCUCUUCUUCCGUGACGGUUUCUGGAUACUCCGGUAGAAGCUCGGCUUACGCGCCUUCUCUCCGUUCGAUCAAAUGCGUCUCUGUAUCGCCUGAAGCUUCGAUAGUAAGUGAUACAAAGAAGCUCGCAGAUGCUUCUAAGAGCACGAACCUUGUACCAAUUUUCCGCUGCAUAUUCUCGGAUCAGCUCACUCCUGUUCUUGCUUACCGUUGCUUGGUCAAAGAAGAUGACCGUGAAGCUCCUAGCUUUCUUUUUGAGUCCGUUGAGCCUGGCUCUCAGAUGUCCAGCGUUGGUCGUUAUAGCGUUGUUGGGGCUCAGCCUGCGAUGGAGAUAGUUGCAAAGGAGGAUAAAGUUAUUGUAAUGGAUCACAAAAGUGGAAGCUUGACUGAGGAAUACGUUGAGGAUCCAAUGGAGAUACCGAGGAAAAUCUCUGAGUCAUGGAACCCUGAUCCUCAACUAGUUCAGGACCUUCCAGAUGCGUUUUGUGGUGGCUGGGUUGGUUUUUUCUCGUACGACACAGUUCGCUACGUCGAAAAAAGGAAGCUUCCAUUUUCAAAGGCCCCUGAGGAUGAUAGGAACUUGCCUGACAUGCAUCUUGGUCUUUAUGACGAUGUAGUUGUAUUUGAUCACGUGGAGAAGAAAGCAUAUGUUAUCCACUGGAUUAGACUAGAUGCGACCGUUCCCUAUGAGACGGCAUACAGUAACGGACUGCAACAUUUGGAGAAUUUGGUAUCCAAGUUGCACGAUAUUGCGCCGCCAAAGCUGGCUGCAGGUAACGUGAAUCUUCAGACGCGACAAUUUGGACCAGCUUUGGAAAACUCAAACGUGACACGCGAAGAGUACAAGGAGGCUGUGGUCAAUGCUAAAGAACAUAUACUUGCAGGAGACAUAUUCCAGAUUGUGCUGAGUCAGCGGUUUGAAAGGAGAACGUUUGCAGACCCCUUUGAGGUUUAUAGAGCUCUAAGAGUUGUGAAUCCAAGUCCGUAUAUGGGUUACUUGCAGGUCUGUAACGGAGAGAACUGUUCUUAUACAACUAUGUAUUUGUUCUUGCGGUGGAUAACGAUUGAUGCUUUUAACCUUCAGGCUAGAGGAUGUAUUUUGGUAGCAUCAAGUCCAGAGAUUCUAACCAAAGUAAAGCAGAACAAGAUAGUGAAUCGGCCAUUAGCAGGAACCAGCAGGAGAGGAAAAACAGAGGUGGAAGAUAAGAGAUUAGAGAAGGAGCUGCUAGAGAACGAGAAGCAAUGUGCUGAGCACAUCAUGUUGGUCGAUCUCGGUCGCAACGACGUUGGGAAAGUUGCCAAAUACGGCUCGGUGAAAGUUGAGAAACUUAUGAACAUCGAACGUUAUUCCCAUGUUAUGCAUAUAAGCUCCACGGUGACAGGAGAGUUACAAGAUGAUUUAUCUUGCUGGGACACACUACGUGCGGCUCUACCAGUGGGCACAGUUAGCGGCGCACCGAAGGUGAAAGCCAUGGAGCUAAUCGACGAGCUCGAGCCUACACGGCGAGGACCAUACAGUGGCGGUUUUGGUGGAGUCUCGUUCACUGGCGACAUGGACAUUGCGUUAUCCCUUAGGACAAUAGUUUUCCCGACAGCAAGUCAGUAUAAUACAAUGUACUCUUACAAAGAUGCUAACAAACGCCGGGAAUGGGUGGCUUAUCUUCAAGCUGGAGCAGGUGUGGUAGCAGACAGUGACCCGGAAGACGAGCACCGCGAGUGCCAGAACAAAGCCGCUGGUCUUGCCCGAGCCAUCGACUUGGCUGAAUCCGCUUUUGUUAAAAAAUGAGUUUGAUCUUCGAAUCAUCUGUAUAACAGUUUCAGGCAGAACAAGCUUUUUCUAAACACGAAGACAAUUGUAGAUUUUUUUCACAAUAAACUACACAGAUUGUGGUAAGCAGCACGUGAUGUAAUAAAAUGUGUGCUAUAUUUUCUGAUA